AGAGGAACCAUGACAGGGGAGGGCAAGUGGUUCUUAGGAGUGUGGAGUGGGGGACCCUGGCGAGAGCCAUAGUAUCCAGGGGGGAACCUGUCAUGUGGGAAUCCGCUAAGGGUUUUUUUUUUCAAGGGAGUACCAAGCAGGCGACCUGGGUCCCAAGUGGGGCCUGGCAGGGAGCAAGCAGAGGGUCUGUGGGGGAUUGAUGGAGGAAGGCACAGGAUCAUGAUCUGGAUUCAGAAGCUUGGGGGGAGAGUGCACACAGCCUGGAGUUCAUGUGUGGGAAAGCAGGGAUGUGACAAGAAAACAGAGGCGUUGUGGUAUUUGGGUGGGGGUGCAGAGGACGGGGAGGUACAGUUCUGGUGUGGGGACACAAAGGGAGGGAGACUAAAAGGAGGCCUGGAGGUCCCAGGGGAGGGGAGAAUGCAAGAAGGAGGCAGAGAGCUAAGAAGCAGGGGGAUUCAGCCCUGAAGGGGUACAGAGAAGGGUGCAUGGUCUGAGCCAAGGGAGUAAUAGGGAACAAAGGGGGCCCUGCUGGGUCAGGCGGAGAUGUAGAACAAUGUGGAAUGGAGGGGCAGGAGAGUAACACAGGUGCCACAGGGGGGGAAAGGUGCAUGGCUCCAGGAUGUCCCUUGCACAGAGCCAUGGAGGUGUGGGAAGAGGGGGGACACGGAAUUGGAGGUGGCUGCAUUUGUAGCCCGGUAGUUCUGCACCAGUGCUCACAGCUGGAGGGGGUCUCAUCUCCCUCCACUUUCUUUUCUCUUUCUUGUUUUUAGGAGUCAGAGUGUAACCACCUUUGCCCACCAGACUGUGGAAUAUGCAAUUGCCCCUGGGAUUAGGUUUCAGGUUUAACCCUGUCGAACAGAUAAAUGUCCAGUAUCCAAACAUUCUGGAAACUGCCAGCAUCUUAAAGCACAUGGUUAUGAGCUUUAGGGUAUCGGAGCUGCAGGUUCUCCUGGGUUUUGCUGGCAGGAACAAGAGUGGAAGGAAGCACGAGUUGCUCACAAAGGCAUUACAGCUUCUCAAAUCUGGCUGCAGCCCGGCUGUUCAGAUGAAAAUUAAGGAGCUGUACCGGCGAAGGUUCCCAAGGAAGAUUUUAACCCCUUCAGACUUAUCCAUGCUCCAUAUUCAGACAGGGCAGCUGCCUUCUGCCACCGCACUGACGCAAGGCAGCACAGUGUGUCAUUUGCCUUAUGAUAACAGUUCAGCAGCUUCUACAGUACCAGCCGCUAUGUUGCCUCCGGUGCCUAUGCUGGGACCCAAACAUGAGACAGAUGUUCAGCACUUAUCCCCACCCAUUCAUCCGGUCCAUCCAGAUGUCAAAAUGAAGAGGCUGCCCUUCUAUGAUGUUUAUGAUGAGCUGAUUAAACCCACCACACUAGCAUCAACGAACAGCCAGCGGUUUGAAGAGGCGCACUUCACCUUUGCGCUAACGCCUCAGCAAGUUCAACAGAUUCUCACCUCUAGAGAUAUCUUACCAGGUGCCAAAUGUGACUACACAGUACAGGUGCAAUUAAGGUUUUGCUUGUGUGAAACCAGCUGUCCCCAAGAAGAUUAUUUCCCUCCUAACUUAUUCGUCAAGGUCAAUGGAAAACUCUGCCCUCUGCCUGGUUAUCUGCCUCCCACUAAAAAUGGCGUGGAGCCAAAACGACCGAGCCGCCCGAUCAACAUCACUCCUUUGGUGCGGCUUUCGGCCACUGUUCCCAAUACGAUCAUCGUGAACUGGUCCUCCGAGUUUGGCAGGAACUACUCCCUGUCAGUUUACCUGGUGAAACAGCUGACUUCAGUCACACUGCUACAGAAGCUGAGAGCCAAGGGCAUUCGGAACCCGGACCAUUCCCGGGCCCUGAUCAAAGAAAAAUUAACAGCUGAUCCCGACAGCGAGAUAGCGACAACAAGCUUGCGGGUUUCUCUCAUGUGUCCGCUGGGUAAGAUGAGGCUAAUAGUGCCCUGCCGAGCCAUAACGUGCACCCACCUCCAGUGCUUUGAUGCAGCACUCUAUCUUCAGAUGAAUGAGAAGAAACCUACGUGGACCUGCCCUGUGUGUGAUAAGAAAGCCCCUUAUGAGAGCCUGAUCAUUGAUGGGUUGUUCAUGGAAAUCCUCAACUCCUGUACAGACUGCGAUGAGAUCCAGUUCAUGGAAGAUGGCUCCUGGUGUCCCAUGAAGCCCAAGAAAGAAAACCAGGAGGUGUGCCCGACAUCUACGUACAAUGGGAUUGAGGCCAGCUCCCUUUAUGCGGUGGGCGCCGACGGAAAGCACUCCUCGGAGAGCAGAAAGAAAGUGGAGGUGAUCGACCUCACGCUGGACAGCUCAUCAGACGAAGAGGAGCCUCCUAUGAAGAAACAGUGCCCCGUCUCCACUGUGGCUAUCCCGUCAGCAGUAGGGCCUAAGGGGGUAUUAAAUGUUGAUCACCAGCCAUCCUCUGUGCUUCGAAGUCCUCCCAUGGCAGCUCUCGGCAGUGACUAUCUCUCCAGCCUCCCAGUCCCCGAAUACCACCCUUCCUACCAGGUGCCGUCGGAUAUUCAAGGUCUGGAUUUGUUUUCCUUCCUUCAAAGUGAAAAUCAGCACUACAGCCCUUCCGUGAUCACCUCCCUGGAUGAGCAGGACGCCCUGAGCCAUUUCUUCCAGUACCGAGGUACAUCUACCCAUUUCAUGAACCCCCUGGCCCCCGUCCUGGCAGGAUCCCACAACAGCGUCAGCCCAGGCAGCAGCCGCAUCAGCAGCAUCGUCUCCACCAACGCGCUCCGCGAGAGCCAUGGGCACGGCGGGGCAAUGAGUAACAGCACGGCUCUCCCGGGCUGCAGGCCGGACAUCAUCUCCUUAGAUUAACCCAGGUGCACGCGGGCAGCUCGCCUCCCCCCCAGGAUGGGAGACAAAAGCAGAUCUGCUGCACUGGGCGUUUCUUCGGGGCCCGGCCAGUACCGGGUCUCCCACGUCUGGAUCAGGGCAGCUCCCCUGUUAAACCAUCCCCUUGCAGGCUCACAGGUGGGGCUUUUCCAUUCUGCACACACCCUCCGGAGCAGGCUGGUGCCGCUUGCGGGGGUGCUGGUGUUCCGCAGGGAAAUAGCAACCCCUGCUUCUCAAGGCCAUUUUAAACCGGUUUUUAACUUCAGCUUUUGUAGGCCUCUGCAGGUAAGCAGGAAAGAUCCGACAGUGGUCACCCCCCCAACCCCUCCUUGGUGCUGCCCGGCUGGAACAGCCCCUUCUAGUGGCCAAAGCAAGACGCAGCAGCCGUGUCCCCCGGGGAUGUCGUCGUCUGCACGUUGCUAACUCCCUGAGCGGGGUGAGGAGAGAAACUUGCCUGAGUCCAGCCACUCUGUGGGCUUGGAUGGAAGGUGGGUGGGUGGGUGUCUUUCAGGGAGCCACCUGUUGCUUUUGGGCACUGACACAAGCCCACGGGCAGUAGGGAUUGGGCUGGAUCUGAGGUCCUACGGCAUUCUUCUCUCCUCGGUGCUCUUCUUUGCUCCCCUCCUUCCCUGGGGAGUCUGUCCCCUUCCCUGGGUUAGAGCAGAGCCGGUGAGUCAGAAAGAGGCCAGCAAACUUCUGCAUCCAGCUGCCAUGCCAUGCCCAGAACCUGUGCUGUUCCAGGGUUUGCAUAACCAAAUGAGCAGGAAAACAGAUGCUGUAACAGACUCCUGAUUCUAACCCCCUCCAGCAAAUACGGAUGUUCCCCAGCGGAGGCCUAGCCGCUGAUGGGAGGGGGGACUUGCCAGUGUUCCCAUUAAGCAGGGGAACAGCUGAGGCCUCCUCGACUGGUUGAUCCGACACAACUCGGUCAGGCCCCAAACUCCGCUCUGAACGAAUCCGUUCUUCAGAUCCCAGUGCAAAGCUCUUGUGUUUGUGACCGAACACGGUGGGAGCAGGUGCGAACCACAAUGAAACUGAUCAAUCAAGGAGAAAAAAAAGUUUAAACCAUGGGAGGUUUUUUAAAUUGAACUAUCUGUGGCAUUAGGGGUAGCGCAGGGAAGGAAACACUGUUCGUCUCCUGUGUUCCCUUUCAAAUCAGCCAUUUUCCUGGUGGCGGUUUUAAUUUUGUGUCCUCAUCAUGACUUGUCCCCCCCUCCUCCUCCCUUUUUUUUUUUGUAAGAAUCAAGGCAAAAAGAGGCCAUUUGACUGUCCCAUCGGUGGCAUUUACAUGUGGUUUGAUGCAGUUUUUUAUCCGGACACUAAAGGCAACCAGCUGGGGAGAUUCUUGCUUGUGAUCCCUCCUGUAAAUAGGACAGUAGAGAGCAGAGGCUUAGCAGGGGUAUCUGCCCGGGCUUUUGUCUCCCAUCCGUCUCCUCUCAGUUGUAAUUACGAUGUACUUUUUUAAACUGUAGAUUUUUUCCUCCUCUUAAGUAUUUCCAAUACAGCUCUGUACAGAGAACAGCUAUAGCUCUAUUUUCAGUUGCAGCUUUUGUACAUACAAAACUCCAAAGACCUCCCUGUGUCUGUGUCUUGCGAGGACUAAAUGAAGGUUGUGGGUCCUGCUCCCGCGCCUUCAGCGGGGACAGCACAUCGCCCGUUGCACAGUUUAUUUAUGUAUUUAAAUGUGUCUCUUAGUUUGUAACCUUUACCGCAUCACAGCGGCUGCUUCAAGCAUCUUGCAGAACCCAGGUCUUGCUAAACUACUCCAAGCGCCUACUGCCAAGUUUUGUUUUGUUUUAUUCCCGUAGCAAGACAGGGACAUGAGGAGUUUGAUGCACCAAGAUGUGGUCAAAAAUGGCAUUCGGAAAGGUAUAAUAUGUAGCAAUUUUUUGCACCUUUUUUUUUUUUUUUUUUAAAGU